UCCGCGCCGAGCAAAGAUGGAAGAACCCAGCAGCUGCGGGAGAACAAUGUUUUGGCUCUAGAUAUUAAAAAACGGACAGCUAAGGGUAAACCACGCGAGCCAAAGCAGCAGGGUCAUGGUCCUGCACCGGAUCACAUUGAUUUUCACCACAUAGUUUUCCUGCCCACCAGCCUUCACCAUGAGCAUCAUUCAAGACAAACUAGGGAAUGAAUUCCUGCGCUGCAACGGGAGCAUGGACUCCAGUUUUGGAGCAGGCAUGAUUAUGUUCAGCCAUCUCCCACCUGUCACCAGCUUCACACGGCUGGCUGCCCAUUCCGUAAUGCAGGACCUUCCACCUCAAGAAAUGAUCCUGAAGAAGGAGCGUGACUCCCCUGAUUGCACCAUGGACAACCAGGCUGGCAGCCUGGGAUGUGCAGGUGUGGGAGACUAUGUUCACACUAUAGGUAUCAAGCAGGAGAAGCUGACAGAGCACGAUUAUCGCUUGCCUCUCUACCCUGGUGGCCUGGUAAAGAGCACAGAGCUGCUGGAGGUGAAUGUCGGUAACAACCAAGAUUUAUUGGUGCACGAUCUCAACAUGGGCAGUCUGCCAAGUCAGUUAGAAAAGGAGCCCACUGGGAAAAAAGGUCGAAGGUCAAAUGGUGAUGGACAGGAGGGUAAACCAAGAAGGAGGAGAAGUGACGCAAAGCAGUCAGUGAUGCUGGAUGCAGAUGGAGGUAACCUGUCUCCAGGAUCCAGGCCUCACAUGUGUGAACAUUGCAAUGCAUCCUUCAGAAGCUCCUAUCAUCUACGCAGACACGUUCUCAUUCACACAGGUGAAAGACCCUUUAGAUGCACUCAGUGCAACAUGAGUUUCAUUCAGAAGUACCUUCUCCAGCGACACGAGAAAAUCCACAGUGGAGAGAAGCCAUUUAGCUGUGACCAGUGCAACAUGCGGUUUAUUCAGAAAUACCACAUGGAAAGACACAAAAGGACGCACAGUGGAGAAAAGCCGUACAGAUGUGAGACCUGCCAACAGUAUUUUUCUCGGACAGACCGACUGCUUAAGCACAAGCGAACCUGUGGAGAAGCCAUAAAGAAGGGGCUGGAUCCUGGGAUGAUGGACUUGAGUUGUGUAGAAAUGGGUAAUGGCAGCUAUGGGAUAACUCAGGGAAAUGCUGGGAGUGGUGGUAGGAAGAGGGGAAGGUCUAAAAAUUCUGGAGAGGGAGGGGAGCGCAAAAAGAAGAAGGGAGAUGGAGGGGGGUUGAGGGCAUCCCACAUGCAUGGGGCUGUAUCUGGAGGCUAUACUAUCCAUGAAUACUCACUGGAGAAUCAAGCGGUUUCUUCCUCUACUGAGCCAGACCCUAGAAUGCAACAAGGCCACAACGGCCAAGCUCCAAAGAUGGCAUUCAAAAAGGCCAAUCGUAAGGGCUUGGAUAAAGCAGGUCUGGGACAGGUCAAAGCAGGUACGUUGGAGCAGGGUGGGGGUAUGGAUGGCCUUGGGCUCCUGCAGGGUAAUGGGGCUAAAGUCGGACCCGCCAGCAGCAAUUACGAUGACGCCAUGCAGUUUCUGAAGAAGCGUCGCUACCUUCAAGCAGCGAACAAUGCAAAUGCCUCGGGACCUCCUGUAGCUGGAGGGUCCAGCACUGAGUAUGAUGUAAGCAUCCACUUGUCUUCCCAGCCUUCUGUAAUCCAGGGUGGCAUUUCUGGUGUAAUGGACAGCGAUGCUUCUCUUAGUCUUGACAAGUCAGGGAUCCCUGAUGAAGUGUUGCAGAGUCUGCUGGACCAUUAUGCCCAGAAACCUGAUAACUCACACCAGGAUGUUCACUUUGACAUCAAUGACCAACAUGUGGCACUGAACCCUACCACAUCUGAUGGUGCUGACAUCAGCCACAACACCAACACACCCAGCCCAUCCGGAGACAAGACUGUGAUGAUGCACGAAUACUCCCGCUUCCUGCUGCAAGCUUUGGAGCGCACCAGCCACAGUGCAGGCUUCCCUCUGGGGCCUCUUGCCUCAGGACCCUUCACUGGUUCCCACCCAGGAAAUCCCAUCUACGCUGACAAGAACAUCUACACUACGUCCCCACUGGAGUGCGGGUUUGGCCAGUCGCUGCCUUCGCUGUCCUCCUCUGUGCCAAAGUCUCACUUUGCGAUGCUGACAGGCUCCUCACCACAGCACAGCUUCCACCUGGGCAGCCUGGAGGCCUCCACACACCAGCAGCUCACCCCUUCUCAGGAGCUCACCGAACAGAUGGAGAAACAGCACUCCUCCACUCCCCCUUCAUCCUACCAGAUCAGCCCAUCUGACCUGAGUAGCCAGAAGGACCACCCGCCUGUCAAAAAUGGUACAGCGGCAGCCUACCCUCUGGCCCCCUCGCAGGAUCUGGCCUCUCUGGACUCCUCUAAGCCUUCCUACCAGAUUGAAAACUUUGCCCAGGCCUUUGGCGCCCAGUUUAAGUCAGAUGGCAGAGGCUUGUCUUACGGCACUGACUCUGGCGGGGAGGUGGAUCACAGGAUACGGACACCUGUGUCUGAAUUCUCAGGGUAUAGUAGUUUGUUAUCUGAUGUCAAUGAGCCAGUAAGUACAGGUUCCAAAACUCCGACAAGCCAAAGCUACAGAUGAGAGCCUGAGAACGAGUAAAUGCUCUGUUGUUAAAGUCGAUGUCCUUAUUUUAAUUUUUCAGUGCUCCUAUUUUAUUAUUAUUGUUAUUUUUUUAAGUGACAUCUAUAUUUUAAUUAUACUGAUGCUUUGUCUUUGUGCCCACUCCUCUUCCUGCAAUGAGCCUGGAAGGCUUCCUGCAAAUGCAAGUUUUUUUUAUUAUUUUUUUUAAGUAUCUGUAAUUUUAAGUUAAAUAUGUACUUUACUGUUUAUUCUGGUCACAUUAGUGACAUUAGGUUUGGUCAUUAAUUAUGAACUUUUUCAGUAAGUGUAGGGUAAGAGCCAGACGUAUUUCCUUUUCAACGAGCUGAAGUGUUUGAGCAAUCAACUUUACAACAUAGAAAUAACCACGAUGGCAGGGAUUAGCCCAGAAUAAAACUAGCAAAAAAAACAAAACAAAACAAAACAUGUUUGUCUGUUACAAGGUUAAAGUAUUACUCAGGAAAAAAGUGAGAAAGGAGAGGCUUACGAGGUGCAGUGAGCACUCUUUUCAGAAGUGUAAAUUUGCGACUUCAAAGAUGAUAUUUCUUAUGUUUUAUUACUUGUUGAAUGAGUGUGACAUAAACUGACUGCUGCCAGCUCACUUGAACACUGAGAACACUUUCUACUUGGCUAUAUAGAGAUUAUGGUACUUUAAUGUCAAUGUGAAACUCAUGUUUGCUUCAAUAAGGGCCAUAUAUAAAUACAUAUAUCUAUAUAUAUAUAUUUAUAAAAAUAUAUAUUAUGUAAAAGAACAGUUUUAAUCAUUCUGGGCAUCUUCCAGUCCAAAUUGAGGAAGAAAGGGGGCUGGUUCAGGGGUCAAACGUUGUCCUUGGUGUAUUUUUGGAGAACAAAAAUGAUGUUAAGGCUUUUCUUUGGCCAAUAGAGGUUGCUGUUGGACAGCGAUAGAAUGGCCUUCCCCUUUUCCUCUUCUGUUCUUCCUCUUAUUUCAAUUAGCACUUUGAACCGAUUUCUUACAUUGAGUAAAGUACCACGUCGGAUCAAAGAAGCUCAAACAUCAGACAUGUUGUAUGCAGAUGGGGGUUCUCGGGGCUGAGCAUAUGGGAUGAGGGGAGGGUUGAUAUGGGAAAACUGGGAAUUGAUCUUUCUCCUCCUGUUUUUAGGGAGGGGUUAGAAAUGCUAAUAUUUAAUUGGGAUAAUGUAAAUGUAAUUCAAACCCCCUAGUUUUAGUUUGACUUGUUACUCGAGUUUAUCAGCUUUGCUUUCAUAUUGACUUUAAUGACAAAAUGUGAUAGUGAUCAAGUAUUUCUUCAGCUCAGAAACAUGUAUACACAUAGAGAAAUGUGUCGUAUACAUUUAGAGCUUUUGCUUGUGCUGGCAGUACCAAGCCUGUUUGUCCUGUUAGAAAUUGGGUGCCUAUUCCUUAGAAGUACAGCAACAAAAUAUUGUCUCGUAAAUGUUUAAUGUAAUUUCUCGCUGGUUUGAAAAUGUACUUUAUGUAAAGACAACAAUAUAACUAUAAUUGCGCUGUCUUCCAUAGAAACGACGGGCCCCGAAUGCUGGAAAUUAUAUCACUUUGCUGACCGAGUCGCUGAACCCCUUUGUGCCCUAAUGGCCUCAUUUAAGCAAUCAUCAAACAUGGCAGACUGAAUGCAAUGCUGUAAUAUCUGAAAUAAUAUGUUGCCAUGUUGAGGCAAGAAUUUGCCUCACGUAUACCUCAUAUCACAGUAAUCCAGGGACAAAAGGAGUGACGGUUUGACGUAUGUAGCAGAAAUGCUGUUGUGUGUGGAAAAACGUCAUGAUUCUGUGCGACUGUUUUAAAACAUUUGUGUACAUGACAUUUGUACAUGUGACCCAUUAAGAUGCUGUUUCUGUAAAUGUCUCUCGCCAACCAGUGUUCAGUCUCUUAAGUUCAACCUCCUCUCGCCCUCACAUCUUAUAUUUGCCAUAUUGUUUCGGUGUUCUUGUUUACAAAAAAUGUACGAAACACUACACAUUACUGAAUUGUUACCCCUGUAUAAAAUUUAUUUUGCUACCCUUUUUCUUUUUAAAUAACAGCCGGAUGUUUGCAGCUGAUAUCUUUCACUUUUCUGUUCUUUCAAGUUCAUGUGACACAUUUUGCGAGGCUGAUUGUCCAACGAAUUAAGAACUGACAGUAGGAGAAAAAUAAUAAAAAACUGUUACCAAGAAAA